UUGCUGUGCCCUGACUGAUGGCAGCAUGUCCUGCCAAAGAUCAUUGUUGGUGACUGUAGAUGUGUGGGUGCAGUGCCAGGAGCUCCCUCUGCUAAAGCCUCUCCUGAUCUCAACAAGAAUUCUUCUUCCCUCUCCCUGUGAGUGACCCCCAGCUAGAAGGGAUGUCUAUCAAAGUAACCAAUGCAAGCAUCCCUUCUGCCCCUGACAGGCAAGUGGGCAGAGUUUUGAAAGACCCUCCCCCAAGCAACACUCUGCAGCCAACACCAAUUGAGCAAUUUCAGCUGCAGAGAGGAGGGCGCUGCUGUUCCGGAGCAAAAAGGUCAAAGAAAUUAUCAGUCCCAGCUUCUGUGGUAUCUAGAAUAAUGGGAAGAGGUGGGUGCAACAUCACAGCAAUUCAAGAUGUCACUGGUGCCCACAUUGAUGUGGAUAAGCAAAAAGAUAAGAAUGGAGAGAGAAUGAUCACUAUAAGGGGAGGUACAGAGUCCACGCGAUACGCAGUGCAACUCAUCAAUGCCCUUAUUCAAGAUCCUGCCAAGGAACUGGAAGACUUGAUUCCUAAAACUCACAUAAGAACACCUGCUUCGAGUAGCAAGUCAAUCCACGCAAACUUUUCAUCUGGAGUCAGCACUGCGACUGCUUCCAACAAGAACUCGUUUCCUCUGGGAGCACCGCCCCUGGUCACGUCGCAGUCAUCAACACUAUCGACUUUCCAGCCUCCUAACAAAUUAAACAAGAAUGUCCCAGCGAACGUGCGCUCAUCUUUUCCGGUGUCUCUUCCUCUCGCUUAUUCUCACCCUCAUUUUGCCUUGCUGGCUGCCCAAACUAUGCAACAGAUCCGGCACCCUCGCUUACCUAUGGCCCAAUUCGGAGGAACCUUUUCACCUUCACCAAACACUUGGGGACCAUUCCCAGUGAGACCAGUUAACCCUGGCAGCACGAACAGCUCUCCAAAGCAUAACAGUUCGAGUCGUGUGGGUAACCAGAACGGCAGCGUUCUGCAGACCGAGUCUCCUGGGUUAGCUACGUCCACUGUCCCGUCACAGCCUCGUCUGAAGCAGCUCUUUGCUACGUGCGUCCCCAAGACGAGUGCUGCAGCCACAGCCAUCUCAACUGUGACCAGCACCUGUAGCACUCUGCCCUCAGCUUCCUCCGCCCCCACAAACAACGGGCAAGUGCCCGCAGCGUUUCUGCCGCCUCCUGCUCCGCAAACGCAGCAUUCUGCCCUGAAAGCAGACUCGUUCUCGGCCGUCUCCGCAGCCAAGGAGAAGGUGCCCGCCCCCGAGCAGCCGCCCACGAGCGUGUGCCCGCCAGCUUCAACCGCCAGCAGUUGCAGUGUGUCAGCCAGCAGCAGCUCAGGGGGCACCGAGACGCGCCCGGCGAGCAGUCCCGCACCGCUCAGCAGCGCCCAAGAUGAAAUUCUGCCAACCAGCAUGUCUGACAUCAGCCCUUCCAUGUCGAUGCCUUUUUCAUCCAGCUCAGAAACUGCUCCUUUAAGCUUAGCGUCGCCCAGGUCAGUUGUUGCAGAUAAUCAGGACAACAGUAACUUACCUCAACUGCUUCUGCACCUGCUAACUUGGGCCAACCAAAAGCGGGGAACAGCAGCCAGGACAGGAAGGUGCCCCCUCCCAUCGGGGACAGAGCGGCUCGCCAGGAUCCGCCAGGGAGGCUCCGUCACCCCCACGCCCCUGGGCAGCAACUUCACAGCUCCCGUGGGCCACAGCGGCAUCUGGUCCUUCGGGGUCAACAGCGUGUCUGAAGGUUUGUCAGGUUGGUCUCAGCCUGUCAUGGGAAGUCAUCCAAUGCAUCAGCAGCUGUCAGACCCAGGCACGUUUUCUCAGCAUCAGCCAAUGGAGAGAGAUGAUUCUGGAAUAGUGGCUCCCUCGAAUAUUUUCCACCAACCUAUGCCAAAUAGUUUUGUGGAUUUUUUCUAA